AUGAGUGAGGAAACAAAAGAACAUAUUACAACACUUAUAAACAUCCUCACACUUCAUUUUCCGGAAGAAAGACCCGAACCUUUUGAUGAAUUCACGCUAAUGUUGUCAGCAAUUAAUUUCCCAAAUUUUAGUUUUCAAUCACUAUCACAAUUCAGUCAAAAUCCUCAACGAGCAACGACAUUUAGAGAAAUCUUUUCAGGAUAUAAUUGGUAUUUUCCAUUAAUGCCAUUACUUCUUCAAUUAAUGACAAAUUCACCAGAUUAUGAAAGCAAUUUAAUUGAGUACUGCACUUAUUUCACUUUAUGCUCAUAUAUUACAUGGCGUUUGUAUGUUGAAUAUACUAAUAAUUUUGAGCAAUUACCUUAUAUUUUAGAUGCUUUAGCAUAUUGCUCCGAAACAUCUAACUCAAAGCUUGUCAUUCAAGCGUACAUUCAUUCAAUGCAAUUAUAUCUUGGUAGUACAGCUCCUUUCGAUUUUAGUUUUAUUUUUCCUUCAAUGUGUGAAUUAUAUACGAAUCAUAAGAAAGAAUUUGCACAGAUACAAUCUCUUUUUGCUCCCAUAUUAAAGGUUUUCUUACCACAGCAAGAUUCGCCGAUUCCGAAAGAUGCCGCUGUUUUUCUUGAAUUUAUUUCACAAGUAAUACAAGAAAACCCAGAUUUAAUAAAUGUAGAAACCGCCAGUAAUAUCAUAGAGCGAAUUUUCUAUCAUGUUUCGACUUUAGAACCAAUUGCUUUAAAUACCUUUUCAGUUUUAUCAUCACGAGCUAAAAAAGAGUCAGUACUACCUUUAUUAGCGUUAUUCCCUACUUCUCUUGUUGAUUUAAUACGAAAUAACUACAAUUCAUUAGCAAAAUUUCCUACUGAGACAACAACUCUUUCUUUUCCAACAGUCAACCCCAAUUCAUCACUCUCAUUCCAUUUCGUAACGAAACCUACCUUCAAAUCCCAAAUGAAACCAAGUUUAAUUUAUACUUUUGAUUUCGAACGAGAAAUCGGCAAAUUACUACCACAAAACCUCAAGAACAUCAUUGAUGACAUUGCAAUUGCCAUCAUUUCCAUACCAGGAGCCCAAGAAUCCUCUAUGAAUUGCUUCAUUUCAAUAAUGCAAGACAAAAACAGCCCUCCAACGCUUGAAUUCCUCGCUGCAUCGAUUUAUCUUGCAUCAAUAAUCAAUGUGGACCAGGAACAUACUGAUAAAUUCAUUAAAGGAAUCAUGUUAUCUCCAUUAUUUAAUCCAAAGUACUCCGCGUUCGACGGAAAGGAUGAUUUCAUGGGAAUAUCACAACUGAGAGGUGAACUGAUCACUGUAAUUGCUCAUAGAGCCUUCACAGGACUCGUAAAAUUAUUUGAUAUCGCAAUUGAGCAGCCGAUCAUCUUUUCAGAGAUAUUCUUUAGAAUUAUGUCCAUUUUCAAUAUGAUACCACCAGAAAUUUUGAAAAAUAAGCUGUUAAUUCGUUCAAUUACGAAUGCUUCAGUUGUUUUCUCAAAAUUACACGCACAAGUUAAAGGAGAUACAGAAAGAGAGAUAAUAGAAGCCACAAGAUGUGCUCUAUUUGAUUUUAUUUCCCAAUCUCUCGCAAUUCCUUUAGUUUAUUCAGAAUGGUACUCAAAUUCCGGGUUUAUCAACUUUUUCAUAGCAUCUAUGUUUGAAGACCCAGUCAGACCAUUCGUUAUUGAGAACUUAAGGAAGUACAUUGCUUCUCAAAACGAUGAUUUUUCAAGUCCUUUGAUUUCAUCGUUUAUUUCGACAAUAGAAAUAUUAUUACUCCAUUUCCCUGAUGAACCACAUGUUAAUUUGGCUCUUCAGUUGCUUGGAAUGACAAAUAAUAUGAUAUCUCAAAAAAAUGAACUCGCCCAAGUCUUUUCGGACAUUAUUAAUUCAAUUCUACAGGCACUAAGUAGUUUGGCACCCGAUAAAGAUAGUUCUUACAUGUUUUUCAUUGAAUCAUUAAAAUUUGUUCAUUACGAACACGACGUAGCCCCUCUUUCUCCACAGAACAAUGCAGCCCUGGAGCAAACAACCCUGAGACUCCGUAAUACUCAGUAUAUUGACCAAAUUAAAUCUUUAUUAGUCCAAAUCUUAACGAGCGAUAAGGACAAAAACCGCAUAUCCAACAUCAAUGUGUACAGAGCUCUCUAUAUGGACUGCAAAGUCAACGGAACAAUUAGUGAUUGGAUACAAUAUACAGAUAUCAUAGCUUCCAACUCAUUCCAGAACAUAAUCGCAUUGCACAAUGGAGAGAUUGACUCAUUCUUCUUAAGUAUUAUUCAACAAGCUAAUUGGGAUAAAGAAGAAAAUCCAAAUAUCAUAAAUUUACUGAAAAUUUUGGGCAAAAUCUUCAAAAUUGUUUCAUCACCUAACUCAGUGAAGUCAUUUAUUAACCUAUUACUCCCUUCCAAGAACAAUUUUCUCUCAAUUUAUUAUCCGAUCUACUUAAACUUGCUUUCAGAGAUCAUUACUACGGCCAAUAACCAGCCCAGGAGAUAUCUGAAUUUCCCAUCUAAGUCAUAUCUCUUAGAAUUCAACUCAAUUCCAUUCCAAGUAUUCGAAUCAGGUUGUUUGAUCAAUUUUACAUUGUUUAUAGAGCCAUUCGAAUGUGAUGAGUAUUCUAUGAUAUUAAUAUUAGCAGAUGAAACUCCAAUUAUCGAUGUUUCAGUAAGGAACCGAAAACUUAUCGUUAAAAGUGGUCAGUUCACCUUAAUAAAUAAUGCCGAAAUAAUAACAGGUGAACUAAACACUUUCACACUGAAAAUAGACUCAAGUGAAGUGAAAAUGACGAUAAACGGUUUAGAAUCAUCGAGAAACACGCAUUCUUUGGAUUUCUCAUUGUAUGGAAGUUUUUCAAUGUGUGUCGGAAAAGUUGUAUCAACAAAACAGUAUCCUUUAGUUUAUUUGACAAGUUUUUCAACAACGGAUUGCCAAGGAAAACAAAUUUUCGCUGUAAACUUCGAUGACGAAUCAAGAGCAAUGAUUCCUCAAAUUUUACAAAACGUGACAGGUGAAGUGAAGUUAAUUUGUAACACAGUUUACGAACACACGAUUAAUUUUUACGAUGUUUUAGUGAAAAUGUUUGAUAUUCCUUGUCUUCUGUUUUUGUUCAAAUCCGUCAAUAUGUCAAAUAUAAACGGUCAAAAAUUUGACAAUUUGGCGGUUAUGGUUACAAAAUUGUUCACUUCACUUUUGAAGUCAUUCGACCAAAUACAACAAUCAUUUAUAGAAAACAGAGUUUCUGGAAUAUUUUCUUAUCUUUUGUCACUUUUUGACAGAAAAUAUUUGACAUAUGAUUUGUACAAAGAGUUUAUUGAGAUGACUAACAAUGUAACGAACACUAAACUCUUGUCAAACCUCCAGAAAAACGUUUUGUUGGAUCUGACAAUUUGGUCGAAGUCAGAAUCACAAGUUUUGUACCAAAUUUCUGAGAAUUGGCUGAAUAAUUACACUGAUGAUGUAAUUAAGUCAAUUUUAUUACCGGUCAAUUCACUUCUUAUCAUUCUUCUUGAACAGAGUUCAAUAAAAAGUGAAAUGUCAGAAAAAACCGUCAAAAACAUCACAAAACUAAUUCUUACAAUAUCUAAAAAGAAUUUUGAUUCGCAAAGUUUUCUUUUGGUCAUUGGCCAAAUCAUAACAACAAAUGAACCAUUCAAGAUCAAAAUUCUUUUAAAGAUAUUGAAAGAAAUAAUCAUGGAAAUGGAAAAUUGUCAAAUUUUACAACAAAUUGGUCACUUCAUUUCCAUGUUACAUAUGUUGAUGAGAUAUUCAGAUACAGAGAUAUUUAUUUCUCUUUUAGACAUAAUUAUUCUGUUGCACAAAAAAGAAAUUGUCAAUCAAAUUUCCAUGGAUCAACAUUCGAGUAUUUUAAUGAGAGAAUUCGAUUCUAAUUUGAUUACAAAACAAACUGCUGAUUGUUUGAUGGAUAUAAAAUGUCCGGAAUUAACUCCAAUGUUGGAAAUGAUUUUGAUCAAUCUAAAAUCAAAAAUAAAUUUGGAUGAAUACGUCCAAAAAAUCGAUUUCUCUUCUCAUGUCAAUUUUUUGGCAAAAGACGUUUUAUGGGUGUGUAUCAUUUUCGGUUAUUGCGGUUAUGAUAGUAAGAAAUAUUUAUCCAAUGCAUUGUUUACUCAGAGACCAGUUAUAUUCAGAGUAACAUGUUCUAUUAUGCAAAUAACAGCUUUGAUUUUGAAUUUGAAAAUUUCUGAUUUGUUGAUUCCGUUUGUUAAUUUUGUUUUGGACGAAAUAGAACAGAAUCCAUCAAAAUACAAUCAGGAAAUAAUAGGAAAGGUCGUAACAACUAUUUUUGAUGACCUUUUGUUCAGAACUUUUGAUGAACAUUUCAAGAAUUUAGAAUGUCACUUUUCUAAUUCAAUUUUUUCAUCAAAUUUACAAAAAAAGGAAGAAAAGAAGAAAGAAGAGAAUCCAAUAACUAUUAAUACUAUUUUUGGUGAUAUCAAGAAUAUAUCAAACCAAAUGAUUUCUCCUGUAUUUAGUCCAAGAGUUGUAGAAGGAGUUUGGACAGAUUUUCCAACUGCAAUUCGUGCUUUGUAUUUACACGAAAAGUGUUUUGAUAUUAAUCUGUUGAAUUAUGAUGUAAUUUUGACUUCUUUCGCUUUGAGAACUGAUCCAACGAAAGUUAUGUCUCAUAUUAAGUUUUUGAUGUCAAAUCCAUCAUUUUUCAAAGGAAAUCCAGUUUCUUUGAAUUAUUUAUCGAUGAAAGCAUUCGAAUUAAAUGUUUCCAUCAAUGGUUUGCCUCCUCCAGACAGAUACAACUGUUUUACAAGUCUUUCUGAAGUUGCAACUCAGAUUCCACUUGAUAAUCUGCCGAAACAAGUUGUAACAAAGAUGCAGAGUUUGUGGGAAACAAGUUGCAAUGUCGCAAGAAAGUUUUUGAACAUGACAAACGCUUCUUCUGCUGAAGGUGCUUUGCAAAGCAUUGACAACUUCAACAGUAUGACAAGAAAUAGAAGGAAACACUGUGAGGAGUUGUGGAAUCACUUGUAUCAUGAAAUGACAGAACAAAAAGGAUAUUGGAGCCAAUUAAAGAAAAAUCAUAACUAA